UCUCUCACAAAACAAUGCUCUUUCCCUUUUCUUUUGCUAUUUUCACUCCUAGCCAUCAAUCACAGAGUCACAAAACAGAUUGCCCACACAAGCGGUCGCUCUCUUUUCUUGGCAAACCCCCACCAUUUUAGGCUCUGGAUGACCUCUAUAUUUAUAUAUAAUGGGGGACUUUCUUCGCUUUCUCUGCGUGAUCCCUUCCUUUUUUUCAAGGUUGUGACCAGAAGUGAUAAACAGAUAAGAGAGAACUUGAAGAUUUAGAUGACAAUGGCUGUUGAGACACUCGUGGCGUCGUCAGAGAAUGUUCUAGCCCCAAAGAAGAACAGGAUUCAGGUGUCCAAUACCAAGAAGCCCCUCUUUUUCUAUGUCAAUCUUGCCAAGAGGUACAUACAACAGCAUAAUGAAGUUGAGCUUUCUGCUCUGGGCAUGGCAAUUACGACCGUCGUCACAAUCGCUGAGAUACUCAAGAACAACGGUGUUGCUACGGAAAAGAAGGUUUUGACGUCAUCAGUUGGAAUGAAGGACGAGAGCAGAGGGCGGGUGAUCCAAAAGGCCAAGAUCGAGAUCGUGCUAGAGAAAUCUGAUAAAGGUGAAAGCCCGCCAGGGAUGGCUAAUACAAGCACAGAACCGACAACGACUAAUGCAAAGCCAGAAAUGGCGACGACUGAUACAGCUAAAGAACCGGCUGCCGCCACCGAUGAAAAGAAGUGACAAUUAGGAUUGGUCGCGUCAAUUUCAAUCUUUACUCAAAAGGGUCAUUCUUUCUAAACUAUUUUGGCAUUGCCUGCCUUACUAGAGCAACUCUGUGGCUAGUGUUUCGUUUUUAAAUGCAGAACCGAAGAUGGGUUCGAGUAUAGAGUAUGAAGUUGAAUAGAAUGGAAAAAGAAACAUAUAAUGGAUGAUAAGUUAAUACGGGAAGUUGCAGCUGCAUGUUUCUUAGCAUGCAGAGUUGUAAAGUACCAUUAACAAUAUUUCAAAUUCAAUCCUGGCUCUUUUGCUGA